AAAUGGAAACAACUGACUACAACUACCACUAACCUAAUCGUGACGUCAAACUCUGCGACCCGAUGUAACCAAAAAACCGCGACGCAAAGCCUGACAAAAAUACCAGAAGACAAAUUGUAGCUGGGUGCCGAACCAACCAAACUGUUUUCGGUUCUUUAAAAACAUAAAUAUGACGUCAAAUAUAGACGUCAGUGUCUCUUUUCUUAAAUAUGAACUGGCCUCCACGAUUGAGCAAGCAGUGAGGUCUGCAGUGGACACCGUUUUGAAAGAUACAGCACGGGUUGUGGGUAUCAAACUAGCUGCCGCUCGCACCGCCGCGGCUGAGUCCCACCGAGAGAACCAAAGUUUGAGGGAACGAUUGGAGUUAUCAGAGAGUGAAUUAAAAGCUGUGCGGUACUAUAUGACCGCGGCCGAAAAGAAUAUCAAACAGUGCCUACUUCUUAAUAACCAGAACCAACCUCGACCCAGUGCAGUGCGGCCACAGUCCGAAGACAAUCUCUUUCUCUUCUCACCCAACACCGUUGAAAGCAGUCAGUUGACUAGAGACCACUCUAGCCACCGCACCGUAAAGACUUUUAGAAACUCUCCAGGAAGGACUAGUUUCUCCAGAACACUUCCAAGCGUAGGUCUGUGCCUACCUACUCUCCAGUCAGAAUGGCCCAGGAGUGUAACCAGUCGUCGCAGAAUCAGAUCAUCAGUGGCACUGAACCAGCCUCUCUCUCUCAGCCAGGCCACCCAGGCCCCGACGGAACCAAACCAGAUCUUAACUGGAAUCGAGGAAGGAGACGGCCAGUUUUUCAUUGCCGACGACGGUGUCAUUAAUAAGGAGUACAAAGGCACAAUGAUCUCCACAGAUGAUGGCAACAGGAUUCCUGAAGAGCAGGAAGCGCCAGUGCAAUCAGAGGACAUAUCAGACCUUACCAGAUUUGAAUUUGAAGUGGGUGGUGCUGCUGGGAAUGUUAAUGAACUGGGCCUCAUUCAGGUGCUGGAGGACCAUGAGGAGGUCAAAGACGCAAUGAUCAAGAUCGAAGACGACCCAGAGCCUCAGAAUAUGGUUGGUCCUGUGCCUGAUCCAAGUGCAGCGGCAGCGGCAGCGGCAGCAGCAGAAGUGACUGCGUCCUCGUCUUCCUUACUGUCCCAGGUGUCAGGCCCUCUGAUGGGGAUGGGGAUGGGGAUGGGGAUGGGUGAGGCCAGCGUCCCCCUCCAGAGCACGGUGCAGACCUCCAGGGACGGAUCGGAGAAGAUCUACCGCUGCAACGUGUGCGGACGCGGCUUCCGGCGCUUCUACUGCCUGAAGACGCACCAGCGCAUCCACACGGGGGAGCGACCCUACCCGUGCCGGUACUGCGAGAAGCGCUUCCGCCACCUGGACAGCCUGCACAAGCACCAGCGCAUCCACACCGGCGAGAGGCCUUACCGCUGCGCACAGUGCGGUUGCUGCUUCCGCGAGCUGGGCCAGCUGAAGAAGCACAGGCUCACCCACUCCCCUGCCCAGACUGCCACCACCACGCCACCCCACCCCUCGCUCUCACUCCUGCCCAGCACAGCGUCCUUCACUUGGCCCCACCUGGACUCCACUUAGUUCUAUUUGUUUUUGUUGUUGUCACAUUUGACGUUUGGAAUAACCUAUUUCAUUUUAAUUUCUCUUUUUAAGUCUAGAGGAAAUCACACUUAAGACCUUAACAGCUUAAGGACCACAAUGAGAUAAUUUAUCAUCUUUUUAAUACCUAAGGCAGUGACGUUUUUCUUUUCAUGUGCGUCACCUAUACCUUGCAAUGGAAAGAUGUGCUUAAUUGUUUAGAUAUAAGAUUAAUUAUUGUACAUGGUAAUCAGGAUAACAUUGAUAAUUGUGCUAUGGUACUCAUGAUAUGCUAUAUCAAUUAUUACACUGUUAUAAUGUCUUAAUAACAGUUACAACCUUUGUUACAAUCCAAGGUGUUUAUCUUUAACAUUUUGAUAAUUACUCUUGGAGCUGGUAGCCUGUAGGCUUGAGAGAUCUUGAAGUGAUAAUUUUACCAGUUUUGUGGCGAUCAGGUAGCUUUGCAAUAUUUGUAGCCAAAGUGUCUGGUUAUAGAUAUUGUGCAGAUUAAAAAUUCUAUAGUGAAUAUUUUAACACUGCAGAUGAAUGCCUUGCCUGGUCCUUUGGUAAGUCUUAAACAGAGAUAUGUUGACAGAAGCAGUCAGUGAAGACAACACAAUUGGAAACAAAUAAUAUUUACUGACGGAAGAUUUAUAAGAUAAGCUAAUGAAGACGCCUCUAGUGAAGAGCCCUGAUGGGAUACCCAAUCUCGGACACACAAACACACACACCGCAGUGGCAUUGAAUAAAUUGAAAGAAAAUGUACGUUGAAAAAGUCUUGAAAUAGUUUAUCCAGAAGGGGGCGCCAAAUAUUUCAUUGUGGCAUGAGAAACGCGGAUUUGAUGGGUUGUUUGUCAGGUCGACAGAAGAGAAAUCCAAUGCCACAUCAGGUCUGAUGUUAAAUUACCUAUUGACAUUCAAUUGAUCAUUUAAUGGAUCAAGUACCAAAGGUCAUGAUCUGUCAAUUGACAGUCAAUCUGACAAUGGCUUAUUUAAAUUCACAAAUUUGGCAUAGCCUAUAUGACAGGCUUGUAGCCCAUUAACUCUGAAUAAAGGCAGAUAGGAUACAUGUAUGGAUACACCACAGGUCAGAAUCAGAUACAACUCCAGUUGGGAUUAAAAGCAGCACGCUUUGGUCACUGGACUUUGAAGACAGCGAAUGUAUACUGAUUUCUAUGGCAAGCCGUUUUAACAUUUAAUAGCUAGACUGAAUAUGUAUUGCAGAUAUCUGCAUUUGAAUUCUUCCUAGUCAAAAAUAACAUUUCAGAUAUCCACAAUGACAUUCUUCCUAGGACAAAUGACGCCACUUUUACCAUUCAUGCAUAUUGGGAUUUCAAUUUCAGAUAAUCACAAUCUUUACUAUAUAUGUAUUUAUGCUCUAGAAGAGGCUUCUCUAAGACUACAGGUGCAUUGUUUCAAAAGAAAGAAAAAAAAAACUUACAACAAUCACAUUUUUUCCUUCUUUGAAUGUUUAUAUCCUUAAAACCAGAAAUGAGGCUGUUUUCCUGAAUCCAACUACUUAGCAGUAUAGAGUGUGGGAGUGACCGUUGUCAUUUUGUAUGGGGCGGACAAGCAUUUUUGAAAUUUCCGGUUGUAAAAAGAAAAUUCCUUUUAUGACAUAAUGAAUGGGUUUUGGUAAAUCGACAAGAUAACGCCCUUGGUAGUUAAAUAACAUUAGAUUCUGCUCAGUGAAAUGCAAGUGAAUGUCAUCUCUAGACUUAAGACCAAUAGAGUGUGGGAGUUGACCGGAAGGUUGUAGUGUUUAGUGUUAGCAUUUUAACACUUCCAGAAAUCUUGGUUCCCAAGAAAAAAUCCCUAUGGAAAAAUUAGUGGGUUUUCGCAAUAUCUGUAAAAAUAAGGUGUGACCGAAACAAUGGCAGUAGAAAACCUAGCUUAAAAUGUAGUUAUUAGUCGGUCUUUUGUAACAAACUGAGGUGUCAGGAGGCAGGGAUGCAGAGUUCGUGUUUAAUUUAGUAGAGCAGGAGAUGGUAUAACCGAUAGCUGAAGCUGUGGUGGAGGUCUCUUGUUUAGGCUCCAAAGUGAUCAAUGUCACCAGAUCAACCUUGCAAUAGAUUGAAGGUGCCUUCAUUAUUUGCCCUAUCCAUGCCCUUUUUUACCCUGUGAAGUUUGUAUGUCAUUGUCAAUGAUUUGUCUAACAAAAUCUAGCAAAGCUUUCAUUAACGUUUGUCUUGUGUUUUGUCCUGUCUUGCUAACACCCGGCCUAUGGCCCAUACUAUGAGUUGGUGGGUGGACAGGUCUUGCUUUCUCAAUCAAAUAAUAUGUUUAGCUCUCUGUGGUACACAUUGUUUUUCUUAUUUGUAAGUGUGUAUCAUUUGGCAUUGACAUUUAUGCAAUGUUUUCUUAUGUCUUAUACCAUCUUGCCUCUUUUUCCAUAAGAAAAGGUGAGUUUUAAAAUGGCGUGGUUAAGGGGGUGAUAUACAGUCAUUGGGGAAAACAAACUAGAAGCAUACCAUUGAUUUAAAUGUGAAAAAUUGGUAGCAGUACACUUUACACUUAGUUUUACAUUCACAGGGGAUUCAACUUGUUGAUUAACAUAAUAGUUUUAAAGAAAUAUGUGUAUAUAACUGACUGAAAAUAUGUACAAUACUAACCAAAUUUGGCUGGUAGCUUACAUUUAACUUUAGCUUCUCUUAAAACUGUAAGCUAGCUUGUUAACUAGCUAACAAUACAUCUUCAGUUUAACAUAGCUAACUAUCUGACAGUAAGGAAAACACGUUUGCUGUUCAAAACACAAUGGUGUGGACAUUAUACGGAAUAUAAAUUCAUGUGUGGGUGAAUUAAGGUGUAACUUUUGUGUAGGUGAUGUUAUAGGUUGAGCUGACAACAGUUCUGUUUAGAGUCUGUUUUUGACAUUUCUCUUUGUUUAACUGGAAAUAGCAAAAGCUAGGAAUUUAAUUUAAGUCUACAUCCUGACACUUAUAACUGACACUAUAUAACACUCUUGUGCCUUUAAUUGAUGUUUUCUUAAAGAUUUAAACUUUUCAAAGCCAUUUGUUUUUGCCGUUUUCCUGACACGACCGACCCCUGGUUUUCUAUUUGUUUUUCUAAUGCCAUCAAUCUGUAGCUAAGACUAUUUCCUUCAAUUCAGUUGCUUGAUUAUGUUGAUUGUCAAAUUGUGUAAUUGCAAAAUGAAAAAUAAACUAGUUCAGCUUGUUUAAAGUCA